AUGACGGCGGAACACGACAUUCUAACCUCGAAAACAGAAAGAACACCUGAGGAGGCGAAACGACUGUUUGAGAUAAAGCCAAUUGUAAAAAUAUUGGAGCGCCGUAACAACCUUAGUGAGAACAUAGAAAUGCUAAAGAAUUAUGAAGACCAGAGAGACGACAAUGAGAACAAAAUAGAAGGUGAAAUCCAGGGGUACAUGAAUCGUAUGACAGCAGUAGACCGUGAACUGCAGACGAUACUCUUAGAGCCGCAGUAUACUGAGGGUAGUGCGCUUCUGGAGCUGUCGGCCAGCACGGAUAAACAGGAAACCAUGGUAUUUGUGGAAGAACUAUUCGAAAUGUAUCGAAGAUACGCUGAGUACAAAGACUGGGAGAUUUACGUUAUUUCCCAACAAGAGUCGGAGGCUGGAGGCCUCGAGAAGGUUUCAAUGUUCGUCGAAGGCGUUGGCGUGCCUGAACUUCUGACAACGGAGGCUGGUCUGCACCGUGUUAUAAAGACCUUCGAAAAUGAAAGCGGGAGAAAUGUUCACACAAGCACUGUGUUAGUAGCAGUUAUGGUUAAGCCUACAGAUAAGGAAGUAAAUAUUGCCGCAGAAGACAUUUGUGUUGAAAAUGUCAGUUACGAACCAGAUGACAACCUGUACCCUGAAGCAGCUGUCCGCAUCACUCACACGCCAACAGGUACUGUGGUCGAGUGCCAAGAUACUCAAUCAUACAAAGAAAAUGCAGAUAUUGCUCUCAAGAAGAUGGGAAUGAUAUUAUUAGGAAAGCAGCUAAAAGCACAGUCUAAUUUCAGUACAGAGCAUGAAGAGAUCCGAACAUACAGUUUCCCGGAAAACAUUGUGACGGACCAUCGUAUGGGUGGCUUGACUUACAAAAAUUUACAUGACUUCAUGAACGGUGAAAACCAACUGGAAUUUAUGCAGGAGUAUUUUCUGAGAGAGAAUAUACGCAAAGACUUUUUGGACCAAAUCAGCCAAUUCACCAAAGAAUUUGAUAUGAAAUCUGCUGAUAAUAUGUAA